CUCGGCCGCCGCCGCCGCCGCCGCCUCCGAUCCGCCCGUCAGAGAGGUCAUCGCACACAUCUGGUAACGCGGCGCCGGGGCCACCGUCUUGCAUGCAGUGCCAGUGCACCGCCCUUUCUUGCUUCACGUUUCCUUCCACGUCUCUUCCUCCAGUUUCCACUUCCCAUCCUGCCCUCCCUCCCUCCCUCCCUCUCCCCACCUUCUUCUCCAUCCUCCCCGGCCUCCUGCUCUUCUGAUCGAGCAGUAGUAGGCUACUAGUCAGACCGGACGGACAGAGCCGGCGGCCGGGUUGGUCGAAAUGGGGGAGGAGUCGACGCCGGCGCCGGCAGCGAAGGUGUACUACGAGGGGUGCCCCGGGUGCGCCAUGGACAGGAAGAAGGAGACCCAGUCCGGCGUCCCGUACAAGGAGCUGCUCUUCGUCGCCACCACCACCUUCGCCUCCGCUCUGCCAAUCACGUCCCUGUUCCCCUUCCUCUACUUCAUGAUAAAGGACCUGCAUGUCGCUCCAAGGGAGGAAGACAUUGGAUUCUACGCUGGUUUCCUCGGCGCGGCGUAUAUGAUCGGCAGAGGUGUCGCAUCGGUUUUCUGGGGUGUGGCGGCGGAUCGUGUUGGCCGAAAGCCUGUCCUCGCCUUCUCUGUCUUUUCGGUCAUUGUGUUCAACACUCUGUUUGGACUGAGUGUCAAGUACUGGAUGGCGAUCUCUACAAGGUUCCUUCUUGGUGCUCUCAACGGCUUCCUUGCACCAGUAAAGGCUUACUCCAUUGAAGUUUGCCGACCUGAACAACAGGCUUUGGGUAUAUCAGUUGUCAGCACAGCAUGGGGAAUGGGUGUUAUAAUUGGCCCGGCACUUGGGGGCUAUCUAGCACAGCCUGUCAAACAAUAUCCACAUCUGUUUCAUGAGAAAUCAGUGUUUGCGAGGUUCCCAUAUUUAUUGCCAUGUCUAUGUAUAUCAUUUUUCGCUACCUUGGUUCUCAUAAGCUGUGUAUGGCUUCCGGAGACCCUACAUAAGCACAAAGGCCUUGAGAGAGCAGUUGAAAUGGUAGAAGGUACCACAACUCAAGAAAGUGCAGAGCCACCUAAGAAGAGCUUACUCAGAAACUGGCCACUGAUGUCCUCCAUUAUAUCAUACUGUGUCUUCUCCCUUCACGACACCGCAUAUUCUGAGAUAUUUUCUCUAUGGACCGUGAGUGACAGAAAAUAUGGCGGGCUUAGCUUUGCAUCUAAAGAUGUGGGCCAAGUUCUUACGGUCGCAGGUGCCAGUCUUCUAGUAUAUCAAAUCUUUGCUUACCGUUGGAUCGAUAAAGUCCUUGGUCCAAUCAAUUCAACCCGAGUUUCAUCGGCACUAUCUAUACCAAUAAUUGCUGCUUAUCCCUUCAUGACACACUUGUCAGGAAUAAGACUUGUUGUGCCUCUAUACAUCGCAGCAAUGCUCAAAAGCGUUUUUGCAAUCACUAGAACUACCGGCACUUCGCUCCUGCAAAACAAUGCUGUGCCACAAGAACAAAGGGGCGCUGCAAACGGGAUAGCUACAACGGCAAUGUCUCUGUCCAAGGCGUUUGCUCCAGCCGGAGCAGGCAUCUUGUUCUCAUGGGCACAAAAGCGUCAGCAUGCCGCGUUCUUUCCAGGCGACCAGAUGAUAUUUCUGCUCUUGAAUCUGACAGAGGUCAUCGGGCUGGUGCUCACCUUCAAGCCUUUCCUUGCAGUUCCCCAGCAGUACAAACAAUGAAACUGUGAAAGCAAGCUGCAUGCAUAUAGAGGUAUAGCUAGCUAGUGUGGUAACAUGAAGUAGGAGUGUGCCGUAGCGUGCCAACCAUGCAUGCCGUCAGUGCAUACAUACAUACAUACAUACAUACACAAGACUGAAAACAGAGCCAGGUGUGCAACGGAAUUCAGUUUGGAGUCCGGUUUGAUGCCGCUGUUGUCGACUUGUGUAGCAGACCCAAAAAAAAAAGGAAAUCUUUUUGACUAGUUCGGUAAAUGGGUUACUUGGUGUACUGCCUCGAUUUCA